CCUCUGUGCAAGAUUAAGACGCGGCCAAGUGAGAAACCAUGAGAGCUUUAAAAGUGAGCCUUCCCUUCGAGUGAGGCCCAUCGUCUUGCUAUGCCUCCCGUGGAUUGGGCAUACCUGUGGGGUACCAAAGGAGAGAGUGGAUUUGGAUCUCGCUCAACAGCACAAGACGUGACCGAGGGCAUUGAUCUGUCCAGCCGCACUGCCAUCGUCACAGGUGCUACAUCUGGAAUUGGCUUGGAAACGGCGAGAGUGCUGGCGAUGCGAGGAGCUCACGUCGUUAUUCCGGCGAGAACUUUGAAGGCUGCCGAACAAGCAAAGUCAGCAAUUAUCAGUGAACUUCCGGAUGCGAAAGUAAGCACCGGAGAGCUGGAUCUCGGCUCGUUCGCUUCUAUACGCACCUUUGUCGACGAGUUCAAAUCUCUGAACGCUCCACUAAAUAUUCUCAUAAAUAAUGCCGGGGUAAUCUGCCGAGGCCUGCAGCUAUCUGAAGAAAAGAUGGAGUUACAGUUCGCAAUAAACCAUCUCGGCCAUUUCCUGCUGACAAAGCUGCUCCUGGACACGAUGAUCCGGACAUCUGAAGAGACCAGGAUUGAAGGAAGAAUCGUGAAUAUUUCUUCAAAAGCACAUGCGAUUUUAACAGACAGCACAGACUUUCAAAAACUAAACACUGAAAACAGGAUGUCAAAUUGGCACCCAACUCUUUAUGCUGGUUCAAAGCUCGCAAACAUUCUACACGUAAAAGAACUCUCAAGGCAGCUCAAGGAAAGGAGAGCCAACAUUACCGCAAACGCACUACAUCCCGGCGUAGUCCACACCCAAAUCUUUCGCAAUCUUCGGCCUGCAAUACAGUCGUAUAUAUCUAUCUGCUCCUUACUUAUGAGGCCCGUACCCCAAGGAGCAGCUACGACUUGCUAUGUUGCAACUCAUUCCAGGGUUAACGGAAUCUCAGGGCGAUAUUUCGAGGAUUGCAACGAAGCUACCUGCAGUCCACUUGCAAACGACAUGGCACUUGCAAAAGAGCUCUGGAACUUUAGUGAGAGUUUUAUUGAAGCUAGAAAUAAAAACUGACCGAACGGGAAUGCCUCGA